AUGGCAUCUGCUUCACCAGCCGCCCGUGGGUGGCUACCCCUUGACGAUGUGUCGGGCCCAGACUCGACCUGGCUGCUUGCCGGCACAUGGGGAACGAAACUCACCGCUCUGAUUCUGGCCCCAGCUGUGGCCGUCUUCCUCUGGUUCUUUGUUGCGUAUCAAACGUCCCCUUUGAAACGGUACCCCGGUCCUUUCCUCGCAGGAUGGACCAACCUAUGGCGUGUCUGGCAAGUCAUCUCGGGCGAGUACGCCCCCCGGAUGAAGAAGCUACACGAAAAGUACGGCCCGAUCGUACGCAUCGGCCCGAACCUGCUAGACCUAGACAUCCCGGAGCUGUACCGCGUCAUCUACGGCACCGACGGCAAGUGGAUCAAGUCGGACUUUUACAAGAACAGCAGCUCCAUCAUCGAUGGCAAGAUCACCUACCACAUGUUCUCUGAGGUCGACCCAACCCUCCACGCGCAAAUCAAGCGCCCCGUCGUGCGCCACUACUCGGUGCCGGCUGUGCUGGUCAUGGAGCCGCUGAUGGAUAAGGUCAUUCAUGAGUUUAUGGAUACUUUGCAGAAGCGCUAUGUUGAGCCUAAGAAGACGGUUGAGUUUGGCGAUUGGUUGAGUUACUACGCAUGGGACUUCAUGGGCAUGACAACCUUCAGCACCAAGUUCGGGUACAUGGAGAAAGGCUGCGACUUCGACGGCACCCUGGCCAUCGCAGACAAGUCCAUCGACUACCUCGCCCUGUGCGGACAGAUGCCCUGGACCGACUACAUCCUCGACAAGAACCCCAUCUACCCCAUCGGCCCGCCCAACAUCGGUAACGUCACCCGCAUCGCUGUCGAGAACUUGACCGCCCGCCUCAAGGGCGAGGACAAGAACUUUGACGAGAGCAAGCCCGACUUCCUGCAGUACUUUAUCGAGUCCAAGUCGACGCACCCUGAUCUGGUCAAUGACGGGAGUGUCAUUGGAUAUCUCCUCCUCAAUCUGAUCGCCGGCGCAGACACAACCGCGAUAACCAUGCGCGCCCUCUUCUACCACAUCCUCAAGUCCCCGCGCAUCUACACCAAACUCCAAACCGAAGUCCGGUCCGUCUUCGUUCCCUUCGAAGCCGCCUCCCACGCCAAAGCCCGCGCCCUACCCUACCUCGAAGCCGUCGUCAAAGAAACCCUGCGCUACCACCCGGCCGUCUCCAUGAUCAUGGAACGCAUCGUGCCCGAGGGCGGUCUCACCCUCCCCGACGGCAGCGUUGUCCCCGCAGGCCAGAUGGUCGGGAUGAACCCUUACAUUGUGGGGCGGAAUACGGAUGUUUUUGGGAAGGAUGCGGAGGAGUUCAACCCGGAUCGGUGGCUGCGGGGGGAUGCGGAGAGUGAGGAGGCGCAUAAGGAGAGGAUGCAGAGGUGGGGGCAAAGUUUGUUGGCGUUUGGGGGCGGGUAUCGGAUUUGUUUGGGGCGGAAUUUGAGUAUGAUGGAGGUGUAUAAGGUUGUGCCGACGUUGAUGGCGACGUUUGAUAUUGAGUUGGAGGAUCCGAAUGAGGACUGGUGGACUUGCUCGAGGUGGUUUUAUCGGACUAAGGGGGUUGUUUGUAAGUUGAAGCCGAGGAGCGAGUAA